UCCAGAUGAGGGUGUGGUGCUAGAUGACAAAAUGUAAUGUGUCAGACCAAUGCAGGUCAUUUCACUGAAGCACAUCUCAGUUGCAGCACCUCCUACCAGCCUGCUGACAAAAGCUUUGCCUUGGGCUGGAAUAUGAACUACUCAACUGAUUACUGGAUUGAGGAUGAUGAGCAUUAUCUCAACUCUGCUAUCGAUUACAACACAUACGAGUUUCUCUGUGAAAAAGAAGAUGUGAGAAAAUUCAUGAAAGUAUUCCUCCCCGUGUUCUACGCAUUGACUUUCACUGUCGGAGUUGCUGGAAAUUCAUUAGUGGUAGCAAUUUAUGCCUACUGCAAGAAACCAAAGACCAAGACAGACGUGUACAUCAUGCACCUAGCCAUUGCCGAUUUGCUCUUGCUCUUCACACUCCCAUUUUGGGCUGCCAACGCGGUGCAGGGAUGGGAACUCGGAAACUCAAUGUGCAAGCUCACUUCUUCACUUUACACCAUGAAUUUCAGCUCUGGCAUGCUGUUCCUGGCCUGUAUCAGCGUGGAUAGAUACAGGGCUACCUCUGAAUCCCAACGUCACAGAAGAGCUGGAAAAUACUGCAGCGUUACCUGCAUCGGCGUCUGGCUGUCUGCCAUACUGCUCAGCAUCCCUGAACUGAUAUUUCACCAAGUCAUGAAACACAAUAAUAGGAAUGAGUGCCUUCCUGUAUUUCCAGUGAACAUGGAAACACUUUUAAAAGCAACCAUUCAGAUCCUAGAAGUUGUCUUGGAAUUUCUGCUUCCUUUCCUAGUAAUGCUGACCUGUUACUCAGUUACUGCUCGGGCAAUCUUUAGAUCUGGAAACACUAAAAAAUCUCAGCCCUUCAUGGUUCUGCUGGCAGUAGUGGCUGCUUUCAUAAUUACCCAGCUACCUUACAACAUGGUUAAAUUCUGGCGAGCCAUAGAUAGCAUCUACCUAUUGAUUACUGACUGUGAGGCAAGUAAAACCAUAGAUGUUGCACUUCAGGUCACCAAGAGCAUAGCUCUGUUUCACACCUGCCUGAACCCUCUUCUGUAUGCCUUCCUGGGUGCUUCUUUUAAAAUGCGUGUUAUGAAAAUAGCAAAAAAUUAUGGGUACUGGAAAAGACAGCAACAGCAUGAAGUACCUGAAGAAAUUUCUAUGAAUUCUGAAGUCCAUACUGAAGAAACAAUUAGCUUCACUAUAUAGACUGUUGCUUGCAUUAUCUUAAUCAAAAAAAGGAUUACUUACUAACUUGGGAGCUAUUAUUUCAACAGCUGUUUCUCUGCAAGUCAUCUUUCAGAUGAAUUUUGAAACCUGCAGACAAGCCAAGACACUACAGUGGAGUUCAAAAAAUGGAACAAGAUCAAAAUUAAGCACCAGGCAAGAAAAAAUACUGGAAAUGCUGGAAACAAUUAAGGUAUUUGUGAAAAAAUAAAAAUAAAAAAAAAACAAAAGAAGACAAUAAAAUCAAAAGGGUCACAGCAACAGGAUAUUAAAUCUCUGUGUAAUGAAAAAUCUGCACAUGUCUAAACACCUCUUUAAAACAGAAAAGCAAACCAUCAGCAAUAAAAUCAUAGAAUCAUAGAAUGGCCUGGGUUGAAAAGGACCUCAAAGCUCAUCAAGUUUCAACCCCCCUGCUGAGUGCAGGGUUGCCAACCACAGUAGGGGAACCUUUGUACCAAAAUUCAAUAAUCCUGUGUUUCUCCAACUAUUCUGUAAAACUUCACAACAUCUGGCUAAUAACUCACUUCCAUUUUUUUGUCCUUAGUUCUCAUUCCAGAGACACUGUUGCAGCUUAAAAUGAGAUAUCAGUGCACAACUGAGAAUUGAGAUGAAAAAACAAAGCCAUUUUCUCUGUGUUUACACAUAUAUAGAGCAACAAGGACACCCUCCACAAAAAGCACUAACUGCUGCUCUGUAACUACCAAAAACAAUCUUUCAUCUCUCCAUUUUCUGCUCACUGUAAGCUUCAACAAGCCCAGUAACCAAGAGGCGCAUUUCAGAUCUCUGUAAGCGUAGCAUCAAACAUAAAAGUCGAGGUAAUGCAGUCAAAGCAUGAGCAGAAAUAAAAGUUUUAAGUUAAUCUUCAGAUACAGGGCCUGGAAUUUUUGGUUGGAAUUUGUAAAAUGAACGAGAUAGCGAGGUAACUAUAACCUUCUAAAAUAUGCAAAGAUGCAAUAAAAUAUAUCAGUAUUCAGAG